AUGACCCUAAAUCGCUGGGAACAAAUCAAAUCAUUCAUUCAUAUAAAUGAUAAUGACAAAUUUAUUCCACUUGGAAGUGAGGGCCAUGACCCACUUCAUAAAAUUAGACCCUUGAUAACUAUAACCAAUAAUAUACUAAAAUCUUUAUCGAUAGGGGAAAAUAUUUGCGUAGAUGAGCAAAUAAUUCCAUACAAAGGGAUGAGCAGAUUAAAGCAAUAUAACCCCCAAAAGCCCAAAAAAUGGGGCUAUAAAGUCUUUCUACUAUGCGGAGAUGAUGGCCUUCUCCAUAAUUUUGAAGUAUACUCUGGGAAAAUACUACCAGCGGAAGGAUUGCCUGAUGUUGGAGCAAGUGGCAAUGCUGUGCUACGUUUAAUUUCUUAUAUACCACAGCAAAUUAAUUAUAAAUUAUUUUUUGAUAACUGGUUUUGUUCACCAAAUUUGCAAGUCGUACUCGCUCAAAGAGGGAUAUUUUGCGCGGCCACGGUCAGAGGUAAUCGACUACCAAAUAUCAACUUCCCAACAGAUAAGGAGUUGAAAAAAAAAGGACGAGGAUUUUUUGUUUCAAAAAAAACAAUAAUAAACGGGGUUGAAUUAAAUUCAGUGAAGUGGCACGACAAUCGUGCUGUGACCUUAUUGAGCACUUUUGUAGGUGCACAUCCUCUUAUCGAUUGCGAAAGAUAUGAUAGAAAAAAAAGGAUAAAAUAA